AAAUGGCAGCAGAGGGAAGCCCGAUUUCGGGCAAUCAACCCCAACUGUCGCAAGGCGGUGCGAACCCGCCGAUACAAGAGCCUAAAACAGCUGGAAUGCCGCUCAGUGACUUUGUUUUGCAAUUGGACGACUACGCUCCAACAAUACCCGAUUCUGUAACUGCAUUCUAUCUGAACAAAGCUGGUUUUGAAGCAUCCGAUCCAAGAAUUGUGCGCUUGGUAUCUUUGGCAGCUCAGAAGUUUAUAUCUGAUAUAGCUAACGAUGCCCUACAACAUUGUAAGAUGAGAGCGUCGGGGCAGAGUGCUAAGAAGCAAGGAAAGGUAAAUGACAAGAAACACACGCUGUCAAUGGACGAUCUUGCCCCAGCACUUGCAGAAUAUGGCAUCAAUAUAAAGAAGCAUCCAUAUUUUGUUUGAAUCGGCAUCAUAAUCGAAAUAAGUCAAACCCUCAUUUUUCACUGAACCUUGCAGUUUGGUACCCACAGUUGUUUUUUGUAGUUUUAACAUCUUUGAAGGUGCUGCUGAAUGAUCUGGGGGCAGCAAACGUGGUACCCGUGAGCAUUUAGAAAUAUUCAAGAUGGCUGCCAUAACACAAUCGGCAAUAUCUGGGAUAUUUUAUCACCAUGCUCAAGGGUGCCAAGUUUGCAUCCCUUGGAUCCUCAAUCAGUGACUUGCAAAAACCAAAAAGAACAAUCGUGGAUAUCACACUGCAAGGUUUAGUGCCCUGGCAAACAGACUAAAACAUCCGCUUUGUGUUUUAAAGAAGAGAAGAGAGAGAAAGCACUUGCAGCAUACAGCAUGAGGAUGAAAAAUCCAUAUUAUUUUGUUGAACUCGUCGUUGUCAUCGAAACAUCAGUUCUGUGCUGUGAAGAAAUAACUGUUGUCAGGCACAAUUUAAGGUUUCAUGUGGGUGGGCUCAUUUGCUUUUAUACGUUUCGUUUUAGUGGGUAGUUACAAGAAAGGUAGAUAGUGAUCAGGCCUGGUGCUAGCCCGAGUACUCUGUCAUUCGAGAGCUAGACAGACGUUUGUACUCUACCUUUUAUUACUAUAUAUUAAAAAAUAUUAAUUAUGUUAAAUAUUUUAUGCCAUUAGACAUUGUUAUUAUGCUUUA